AUGGUAAAUAGAAACCAAAACACCGAUAGUGUCAUACGGCAGAUUCAACAUGACGAUAUGGCAACAACUAAUAAUCUAGCAGCCAUGGUCGAAAGGAUUAUGGUUGGAAAUGAGGUAAACUUUGGCCUUCGAAGAUAUUUAAUCGAGGCAGGAGACAUUUCGAACAACGAAAGCCUUAGGAUAAAGUUUUUCCCAAGUUCUCUCAUAAAGAAUGCCUUCACAUGGUUCACCACCUUGCCACAAAGUUCGAUUCAUACUUGGAAUCAGUUAGAGAGAAUGUUUCAUGAGCAGUUUUAUAUGGGACAAACGAAGAUAAGUCUGAAGGAAUUGGCUAGUAUUAAACGAAAGUUUAUUGAGCUAAUUGAUGACUAUCUGAAUAGGUUUCGAUUACUCAAAGCUAGGUGUUUUACGCAAGUGCUAGAGCAUGAACUGGUUGAAAUGGCCGCUGGGGGCCUUGACUAUUCUAUUAGGAAGAAAUUAGAUAGCCAGUAUUUGAGAGAUAUGGCCCAACUGGCUGAUAGGGUUCGACAGUUAGAACGCUUGAAGGAAGAAAAAGCUAGAGCAAAUAAUAAUAAAAGACUAGCCUAUGUCGAUUUCAGCAAUAAUGAUGAAGGGCCCUGUAACGGGCCUUCAGACUUUGACGAAAAUGAAAUCGACCUUGCUGAGUUGAAGCAAGGGCCACCUUACGCGUGUAGGGUUUUGGCCCCGUCAAAUGGAAAAAACCCUAUUGAACUAGAAAAGAAUGAUAAAUUUCCUAAGAAAACUUACACUUUCGACGUUACAAAAUGUGACGAAAUCUUCGAUUUGUUAGUUAAGGAUGGUCAAAUCAUUGUACCCUCGGGUGCUAAACUUCCUCCUUUAGAAAAAACAAAGAAAAUAGGGUUUUUCAAGUACCAUAGUGUCGCACCUCGAAAAAUGAGAAUACGACUUAAGCGAAGUACAAUCGCACGCUCGCAAUGA